AAUAUUAUUACACGUUUAAACACAGAACAGCCACGCUUAAACGCGUUUAAACUAAAUCUAUCUUUUCAAUAAAGUAAAAAGCAUACCUUCUGUCCUCAUUAAACCUAUCAAUCGAAGCAAUAACAUCAUUAUCAUCACUUUUCAUGUAACAAACAUGGCUUGGGGCUUUUCGUUUAAAUGAUUUGGCUGUAUGAGGUAAAUCCACGAUACCGGUCCGACGGAUGAAGAAAAAAAAAUUCAAUGUUUUCUAAACAAUAUUAAUAUUUUAAUUUCGAUUUUCGACCGAAUUUAACGAACCAGCUAUAAAUUAUUAAAAUUUUUACAUUUUUUUUAAAUAACUCAUCAUAAGUGACCGUUUAUUGUUAAUGUGCGUUAAGGGUAAAACAAUUAUCUUUAUCAAGUACUAUAGGGCCAAAUUAUUACAUGUUCCUAAAUAAAGGUGUAUCGCUAUGCCGCGCGUGAAAAUUGAUUACGUCGUUAGCUUCAGCAGCGAGGAUCCUGAUCACCCAGCUAACAAUCUGUUGGCAUUGGAAGUGAACAAGAAGAAAUGGCUGUGCUGCAAGGGAGAGUCUUCCUGCUCAGUCGUACUUCAGCUGGCCAAGGCAGUCCAGAUAUCAUCAGUCUAUCUUGGUGUGCAUCAUGCUGCUACUGUGGAGGUGCUCGUUGGAAGAUCUGAAAAACCUGAUGAACCCUUUGAGGUACUGGUCCCCAGCAGCGUGAUGUUGUCGCCCAGCGAGUCCCGGCGCGCCGAGGGCGUGCAGCGCGUGCGGGCGUGGCGCGGCGACCAGCUGGCGGCCGCGGCCCGGGGGCGCCGCUGGGACCGCCUGCGGGUCGUGUGCGCGCAGCCCUACAACAGGCACUGCCAGUUCGGCCUCUCGUUCUUGCACAUCGACGAGCCCGGGGACGGACCCCCGCCCGCGCCGCCGCGCCCCCUCGCCCUGGACACCUUCUCGUCGGACGAGGAAGAGUUCAAACCUGGGGAAUUAUUCGCUAAAUACUACACCCAGAAGGAUAGUCCGCUGAAACUGGGGGACGAUAAAACUAGCAGCCCGGCGAGUACAGAAUCCCAAAUACACAAGGCGACGUCCCGCGCGCUCCGCAACGUUCCCGGGGACUCCCCCGCCACCUCCCCCGGCCUCAGCGCGGCGGCCACACUCCGACAGAGCAAACAGAAGAGGCCGGCCGGGCGGCGCCGCUCCGACAGCGACGGGGACGCUCGGAUGCACGAUGAAGAGGACACCAGACACCAUGCAAAAAUAGACCAAACCGUUAAUAGACAUAAGGGUGACAAGAUGACCGAUGACAAUAGCGCGGGGGACCCGAAAGAAGUCCAGAAAAAUAUAGACAAUAUAUCAUCGAGAGCAAAGCGGGUGAAGCGAGACGACAGCGCCGGGACCGCGCCCGCCCCCCGGGGACAGCUCGUCGCGUGUGUCGCAGCGGACGUGCUGCGCGGCGUGCGCUUCGUGCUGAGCGGCUACCAGAACCCGCUCCGCCAAGAGUUGCGCCGCGAGGGGGUCGCGCUGGGGGCGCGCUGGGAGCCCGUCUGGGGGCCCGCCUGCACGCAUCUCAUAUGCGCGUUUCCCAACACGCCGAAGCUGCAGGAGGUGCGGCGCGUGGCGGGCGGCGCCGUGCCCGCCGUGCGCGCGGACUGGCUGCGAGCGUGCCGCCGCGCGCGCCGCCGCCUGCCCUGGCGCCCCUACGCCACGGAGCCGCACCAGCGCACCGCACCACCACACGCUGCAGAAACUGACGAGUCAGCGGACACCGACGAGGACGUGCGGGACCGCGGCCGGGCGCCGAGCCCCCGCGCCGGCGCGACAGGGUCGAGGGGGGACAGCGGCGAGCCCGACGUGCAGUUCGUGUGCGACGAACGGGUCAAGGCGUCGCUCGCGGUCGAGUCGGACUCGGACGAGACCGACGCCGGGGCCGACAGCGGCGCCGAGCACGCGAUAGACGACAGCAAGUCGCUGCCGGCGUUCUUUGAGGGAGUAACGUUCGCGGUGGAGGCCGGGGACACACAACUGCGGGCGCGCUGCUGGCGCUACCUGCGGGCCUACGGGGGGCGCGUGCUGCAGAAGUCUCAGCUGGAUGAGGACAGCCGCGUAGAUUACGUGGUGUGCGACGACGGCGCCGCGCCGCGAAUCAAGGGCCGCGCCGUGACUGCAGCCUGGCUGUGGAAAUGUCAUCAACAACGAAAACUGUGUCCAAUAUAACGACAGCUCAACUUGUGAAUUCCUUUCAUUAAAUAACUGUCAGCUAA